CAAGGAUAACGCCAAUUAGUUAUUGCGAGCGAGUUAACGGAAUAUGCUUUGGUUUAUUAAGUAAAGAAUAUGCUUCAAUAUACUUUCAUAAAAAUGAAAAGUUCUUCAAUAAUAUUUGUCCUCAUCCUUACAGUUCAAGUAGUUUUUGCGCGGCGACCUACCUUACAUCCUAUUUUAGUAGCACGAUCAUCGUCAGACUGGAUGCCGAGUAGGAUAAAUUCACUAUACUCUGAUGUUGGUGCGUGGAGUGGCAAAUUCAGACCUGUGAUGGACGAAAUAGAAUCAGAUGAAGCCUUGCGAUUUUAUCAAUUUCUAAAUUAUCUAGAUGGUGGAAGUUUCGGCACAGGACCCAUUGACGAAUUUGUAGACGCUAUGUAUAGAUUGUCUAAUUAUAUGAAACAACAAAAUAGUAGAGAAACACAAGCAAGAGGUAUGAGGGAGUUAGAAGCAAUUAACGGCGAAAAAGGUAAUAGCAUUAAAACUGUGUUAGAAGUGAGCACCGUGAUAUUGAGAAAGAAGCGAAAGUUCUUUUGUACUGGAGAAGUCAAAGAGCCUAUUGUGAAUAACAAAAUUAUUUGCAAGGAUAGAAUUUUACUUCCCAUAGCAGGCAGUUCCUGUCGGGACGCUAUUAUGUAUUGGCACCCUGGUUUAACAGAAGAACAUUACUGUGUUGGCGCAUUAGAAUCAAAAAGUCCCGUACAUAUUAUGGAUGUCGAGGGUGAAAUGUUUUGUAAGGGAGAUGACUAUUCAAAACGGGAAUAUCUUCUAGCAUGCGAUUUCUACGAAGAUCAAGAAUCACCAGUAGCAGAUUUGCUACAGUAUUACCCGGAUCCAGAACCUGAAGUGAAAAUAUCAUAAAAUUAAAUGUUCCGUUUA